AUGUUGUUAUUCUGUCUGAAACGUGCAAAUUUGUUGUGUUGUCGUCAGGUGAAAAUUUGGUUCCAGAAUCGGCGCUACAAAGUGAAGCGGCAGGCACAGGACAAGUCGCUUGAGCAAGCAGCCGCUCUGCAGCACACGCUGCGCCACUGUUCGCUGGCUCCGAUGUUGCUCUGCGACGAGUGCCAUCUGCCCGGCGGUCCAGGCGGUCUGGUUGGCGACGCGGUCUUGGGGCGUCGCGAACACCCCAACGGCCUCGCCAUCGCCGCUGGCGGCAGUGGCGGUGGCGGU